CAGGGUACUCGCGUGCACGCGCCUACCUCCGGUCAGCGCUGCCCGCCUCCGCCUUGAACCCCGACAUGACGAUGCGAGCAUCUAGACCAGUGUCCGUGACGUUGGGCACCCUGGCGACCUCCCCUCCUUCACCCUCCAGCUCCAGACACCCAGACCAGUUGACUUUCAACACCAUGGCAAACCAGUUCUCCGUCCCAACACGCCAGCUCUCAAACUCGAGUAUCCAGUCGCAUCAAUCUCUUCCACACCCUCACCCUCACUCUUCCCGGCACCAUCAUCUCCAUCAUCAUCAUCAUCAUCAUCCUCACCACCACUCUUCCUCGCACUCGCACGGCCCCGCGGGAUUCUCCAAGCCAAUACCCAUGGAAGCAAGCGCCAGCGCCAGCGGAAUCCCACGCGAGAGCGUCAGUGUCGACCGCUCACGAGGUGGCGACCGCUGGCUCGACCGCGACCGUCGAGGCUCAGCGAGCGUGCCGCCGUCCGUGCCAUCUUCUGCGUCUGGAUCCAAGAAUAGCAGUUUUAUCGGCACGCCCAGACUCCUCUCUAGGCGUGGCUCGACGAGGGAAGGUCGUUCAAUCGCCGGACACGCCGCCGCCGAGCUCAAGGGCAAGGGUAGAGAGGACGUCCAGUCCGAGGGUGGAUCUCCAGAGGAAGAGGUCAUCGAGACAGCCGAGCUGCGCCUUGACCGUGACCCUGGCACCGGUCGCAAGAUGAUCAACCAGUACCUUGUUCUUCACGAGAUCGGCCACGGGACGCACGGCCGUGUCCGCUUGGGGCGCGACAUGUCCGUCGACGUUCCUCCAGAAGAGCUCGAAGCCGACCUUGCCACCGGCAGCGGGCCUUUUUACGCUAUCAAGAUUGUUGAGCGCAACCCCAAGACGAAACGAUUGGCUGGUUUGGGGCGUCAGCGCGCCCUCGCCCGCAGUGGCGGUGCCAGCGCCGCAAAGCUUGUUGCCGAGAACGAGAUCCGCAAGGAGAUCGCAAUUGCCAAGAAGCUCCAUCACCCCAACGUCGUCCGAAUGAAGGAGAUCAUUGACGACCCAGAGUCGAGCAAACUCUACAUGAUCUUUGAGUACUGCGACGGCGGCGAGGUCGAAUGGAAGGCAGCCGACGGUGGGCCCGCCCUCACUCUGGCGCAAACACGGCAAAUCUUCCGAGACACACUCCUCGGCCUUGAGUAUCUCCACCACCAGGGUAUCAUCCACCGAGACAUUAAGCCGAGUAACCUGCUCAAGUCGGGCGACAAAUACAAGAUUUCUGAUUUUGGCUGCUCUCACUUUUCUGAGGCUCUCCUCUCCGCCUCGGCUGUUGGUGGCGAGGAGCACUAUGUCGAUGACAUUGAGCUGGCCAAGACUGCCGGAAGUCCGGCAUUCUUUGCGCCCGAGAUGUGUUACACCGAUAUCCCUGAGGAGGAGCAGCAGCAGCAGCCCAAAGAAGUCCCCACGCUCAAAGUCCGCCCCCCAUCCGGGACUGACGAUGACCGCGGGCGCCCAGGCUCGUUCACAGUCCUCAGCAGAGACAAGGAGCUCACCCCCCGGCCACAGCCACAGCGUGCCAUCUCCACUGCUUCCAUUGUUUCCACUCGCAGACCACGACUCCCCAUCACCAACGCCAUUGACGUGUGGGCGCUUGGUGUCACGCUGUACUGCCUCUUGUUCGGCAAGACGCCCUUUGACGCCGCCAACGAGUACCUCCUCAUGCAGGAGAUCCCGAUCGCAAAGUACAAAGUCCCUGCGCGACUCAGCCGCGAUGGUCUUCCGACGGACGGCUCCAACAUCGAAGCAAACGAAGUGUUAGACCUUCUGAGCCGAUUGCUAGAAAAGGACGCGUCGAAGCGGAUUUCGGUGGACGGAGCAAAGCAUCAUGCUUUUUCGCUACGUGGCCUCCCAGACGCAGAGGCGUGGCUCGCCUCCACCGACCCCCAUGCUGAGUCGUACGUCACGGUGACAAAUGAAGAGGUUGCCGCGGCAGUCACGCGCGGGGGAAGCAUUCGUGAGAAGUUCCGACGCGGAAUCAACAGCAUCUCACGAAGGCUCGGCUUUGGGCGGCACCGCAGCCAGAGCAUCACAGACGCGAGUGAUAUCAACGGCGAGCACUCUGGGGGAUCUGCCUCGGGCACAGAUACGACGACUGCGACCCGGCGCGUCGCGUCUGACAAUGGCACCAUUCCCACGCAGAGCAAUCUUGCAAGACGCCUGUCGAUGCUGUCGCGGGAUCGCAGCCGCGCAGAGUCGCCCAGACCUGGGCUCCUGGCUUCGCAUCUCGAAAGAGAACGUAACACAAGCCCGUCGACACCAGUGCACCAUGAGGAGUCUCAUCUCCGAUUGCCAGCGAGCAGCGAGGCCACGCCGCGCCUCAUGCCAUCGGCCACGUCACUGGACAAAUACCGCAGUGACUCGUUCCGGACCGAUUCGCCCACACGCCCUUCGCGUAGACAGUCGUCCGACGUGACGGCUGACCUGCGCCCGCGCACCGGAUCCAACGCGUCCUCGUCCGCCGGUUCCGUCCUAGCUCUGGGUCGGAACAUUUUCACACGCGGCGAGAGCAUGAGCAAGCGCGGCUCGCAGCGCAGCGUUAGCGGCCUGCGCGACCGCGGCUACACGCACUCGUCGGAGGAAACGGACAACAACGUGUUUGUGGGCUCAUUUGCGUCGUCCAACGGCGCAUUCCCUCGCGCGCCGUCGUCCGAGUUUUUGCGCGGCCGCAGCUUUGAUGAGCUCGGCAGACGCCAGAGCACCGACACCUUGGAGCCUUCCUCGCCGUCCAGCCCCAGCCACAGCGCGAUCGGGCACAUGAGCCCCGAACGCGUCGCGUGGCCGUCCUCCUUCCGCGGCGGGUCCGAGAGAGGCGGCCUCCCCGGCCGCCGCGGGUCGACGCUCAGCGAAGAUAUCCGCCCCGUGAUGGAGGACGAGGAGGUCGAUUGGGACGGGGGCAUCCCCGACUCGGACGACGAGUCGUCUGAUGGCCAGGACGGCCUGCCAAAGGGGCACGGGAUCACGUCGGCGCCGGCCGACUGGAACCUGAGCGAGUGCAUAGAGGCCCUAGAGCGCCGCGAGCGCCUGCGUCACUCGCCCGUGCGCACGCCCGCGCGCUCUCUCCUCCGGCCAUCUGGUGGGAUCGACUUCUCGACACUGCGCACGGGAAGCCCCCACCGCGUCCCCCCGUCCGCCUACACCCCUCUCGCCGCUAGCGUGCGCGCGCGCUCCCCCCUCACGCUCACGGAAGGCGUCGCCACACCGCACCAGGCACACACGCCUGGCACGGCGACCCCAGCCGCGCCGGCGACGCCCGACGCGUUCGCCGAUGCGCCCGAGGACGACGACGGCAUCGUGAUAGCUGCGCGUGGGCGGCGCGGCUCCGCCCUCAGUCGCGGCAACUCUGUGCGCCGCGGCAUCGCGUCGCCCGCGCCGCCACUCCCCGUGCCAGCGAGCGCUGUUGCCCAGCGCCUCGCGUCAUAGACGAUUUGCAUCUUGCGUUGUAUUGCAUCUGUAUAGCUACCAUAGCGCUUGUAAUGCCAGCUGUGCUGGGA